AUGACCACCCAAGGGUCCAAGCUCUGGUGCUGGAGGGACGAGCCCCAGGAGGCCCAGACACCCUCCAGCUCAGACAUGCUGCCGCUGCUGCUGCCGCUACUGUGGGCAGGGUCCCUGGCUCAGGAUCCGAAUUACUGGCUGAAAGCACCGAGGUCCGUGUUGGUGCAGGAGGGCCUGUAUGUCCGCGUGUCCUGCUCUGUCUCCUAUCCCCAGAAAGGCUGGAACAACUCUGACCCAGCUCAUGGCUACUGGGGUGGACAUACAUACAGGGGUCCUGAGGGUCCCCAGGGCAGGGUGGGAGGGGAACCUUCUCUUCUCAUCCUGGGAGGGACCCAGGGGGUACAGGAUGCUGGAGAACAGACUGCUCUGAGGGGCACACGGGGGUCCCCCCUCCAGUCCUGGGUCCGUGUCUCCACCUCUUCAGCUCUGACAGACACACCUGACAUCCUCGUCCAGGGGACCCUAGCAUCCGGCCGCCCCACCAACCUCACCUGUGCGGUGCCAUGGGCCUGUGAGAUGGGGACGCCCCCAACCUUCUCCUGGACCGGGAUCACUCUCACCUCCCUGCACCCCAAGAGUCCCCACUCCUCAGUGCUCACCCUCACACCGCAGCCCCAGGACCACAGCACCAACCUCACGUGUCAUGUGUCCUUCCCCGGAGCUGGUGUGAGCACAGAGGCGACCAUCAGGCUCGAUGUGUCCUACGCCGCGCAGAACCUGGAUAUUCGGGUCUUCUGGGAAAACAGCACAGGUGUGAGAUCCCUGGGCAGCAUGGAGGUCAGAUGGGGGGAUGCUGUGAAGACUGAACAGAAUCAGGCCCCUCAUCACUCAUCCCCUCUCGGCUCCUGCGUCUCCCCUCCCCUGUCCCCCUCUCUGUCCCCUGGCAGGACUCUCUCUGGGCCACUGUGGACUCUUAGGUGACUAUUCGCUGUCAUCUCCCCUUGUUCCCUCUCUUCCCACCUCUCCUCACCCCUCACUUUCCCAAGCCAUCCUUUCCCUGAUUCUCUGUCAGUUUCCUGACUGUGCCAUCUCCACCUCCCAGGAGGAGACUGAGUUCCCAAGCUGGGUACCAGGCUCCUGGUCUUCCCUCGUGGCUCAGAUGGUAAAGAAUCCACCUGCAAUGCAGGAGACCCAGGUUCCAUCCCUGGGUCAGGAAGAUCGUCUGGAGAAGGGAGUGGCUACCCACUCCAGUAU